AUGAGUAAUUUCAAGUCAUUCUUUAAUUUAAGGAUACCUAAUGGUGAAGAAAUCCCUCUUGAAGCCGAGGGAAAUGUAUCAACUGUCCUUACUCAAGUUAUUGUCGAUAAUAAUGGAAAACCAUAUACUCGUGCUACACUAAGCGCUCACGUAGAGACAUUAAAUCCAGCAGAAAUAGAAAAAGAUCCCGAUGCUCCUGCUAUUGAGCAUGAUGUUAUUAUCGCUUCAUUUACUCCAAAUACACAACAAGUUAUUAAUCUUUCUAUUGGAUUUACAAAGGAAGAUAUUACAUACUUAUCUGCAAAUGGAGCAGAUUUAAUCAUAAAUGGAUAUACAGUUCCUCCACAAACUGAAUUGAUUAAAGUCGGACAGGAUCAAGACUAA